UUUUUUUUUCUUCCUCUCUCUCGUCUGUUGUCUUGUCUCUCACUCAAGCGUUUCUGUUUUUAUUUCCCUCAGGUCCAGAGUUUUCACUUUAUCUCUGUCUCUUUUUUUUUCCAACCCGAGGAUAUUUUCCUUUUUCUUCUUUUAUGGAAUGUUUUUAGAAACCUGCCCUGAAAUACUUGUUUCGGCGACGGGUCGAAGGGGACCCCCCCCCUCCUCGAGAUGGACAAGCUAGCCGUUUAGCUGCGCUGCUAGCCGGAGAUCGCGGGUCAGGAGGAGUAUGAGCGAGUUAGCGCGCUAGCGGCUAGCUUUAGCGUACCGCGUCCGGAGACGUUGCGCUCGCCCGUUUGCGUAAUAAGCGCCGCGAGUAAGAAGUCACCGUUUACCCCCCCGGACCCGGGUUGGGUCUGCUGAGCAGCCAAGCUAACGCGGGAAAGGAGAUAACGGCUGUGAAACAAACACCACGGCGGGUUCGAGAAGUGGCUCGCGCUCAUCUCUCCAGUGUGGCAACAUGUUUUCCGGCGCACAGAACCAGCAGCCGCUGUUCCCGAACUCGCAGGGGCAACAGAACAGCGCGGGGCAACCGGACACGGGCCCGUUUUUACCCUUUCACGUCAGACCCAGUCUGCAGAUCAAGAGGAACGCCAUAACGGAAGACUACAAGGUCACAAGUCAGGUGCUUGGUCUGGGCAUCAAUGGCAAGGUGCUGGAGGUAUUCCAGAAGAAGAGUGGGGAAAAGUGCGCGCUGAAGAUGCUGCAGGACUGUGCCAAGGCCCGGAGAGAAGUGGAGCUACAUUGGAGGGCGUGGCCAUGCACCAAUAUUGUACGCAUUAUCGACGUCUACGAGAACCUCUACCAGGGCAAGAAUUGCCUCCUCAUUGUCAUGGAGUGCAUGAACGGAGGAGAGUUGUUUAGUCGAAUUCAAGACAGAGGAGACCAGGCCUUCACAGAGAGAGAGGCGUCCAACAUAAUGCUGAGCAUAGGCGAGGCCAUCCAGUUUCUGCACGCAAUCAACAUCGCCCACAGAGAUGUUAAGCCGGAAAAUAUACUGUAUACCUCCAAGAGGCCUGACGCAUUGCUUAAACUCACAGACUUUGGUUUUGCCAAGGAGACCACCUCACACAACUCCCUAAAUACCCCCUGCUACACACCCUAUUAUGUUGCCCCAGAGGUCCUGGGUCCAGAGAAAUACGAUAAGUCCUGUGACAUGUGGUCAUUGGGGGUCAUCAUGUAUAUCUUGUUGUGUGGAUACCCGCCCUUCUAUUCCAACCAUGGUCUAGCCAUCUCUCCUGGGAUGAAGAGAAGGAUCAGAAUGGGCCAGUACGAGUUUCCCGAUCCUGAAUGGUCUGAUGUAUCUGAGGAGGCCAAACGACUGAUUCAGACCCUUCUGAAGACUGAGCCAACCCAGAGGAUGACCAUCACAGAGUUCAUGAAUCACCCCUGGAUCAAUCAGUCGAUGGAGGUACCGCAGACUCCGCUCCAUACUAGCCGCGUGCUGAUGGAGGAGAGGGAAGUGUGGGACGACAUCAAGGAGGAACUGACCAGUGCCUUGGCAACGAUGAGAGUCGACUAUGAGCAAAUCAGGAUCAAGACCAUCGAGGACUCGUCCAAUCCGCUACUAACAAAGAGGAGAAAGAAAGCCAGCAGUGCGGCGGCGGACAGGCAUGCGCACUGAGAGGCGCACGCACGCACGCACGCACACGCGCGCACGCACAUACAACACACACAUACCUUUUUGAAAAUGAAAACAAAGGAAGCAAUAAUUGUCGACAGGGAAGUGGGAGUGGCAAUGCAUGAAUUUACUCAGUGUUUUUACUUUUCAUGACGUGUUCUAAUGUUUUGUAGGAAUGUUUUGUUUUUGUCACUCAAACCAUUUUAACGAACCAACCACUCUGUUGUUAUAGAGGGCGUGUUAAUUCACGCUUUCACACCAGUUGAGAGACGGCGAAUGAUCGAAAAGGAGGGAAGAGAGAAAAAUGGAAGCUCUCUCUUCUCUCUUUUCCCUAAUGUCAGGUUAUUACAAGAGGGA